AUGGAUCACAUCAAUCACACCUGGACCAAGAGUUUCAUCCUUGCUGGUUUUACUCUCUCUGGGACCCUACAACCUCUGGCUUUCUUGGGAACCCUGGGCAUCUAUCUGCUCACCUUUGCAGGAAACGUGUUCAUCAUUGUCCUGGUCAAAGCAGAUUCUGGACUGUCCACACCCAUGUACUUCUUUAUCAGCGUCCUCUCUUUCCUGGAACUCUGGUAUGUCAGUACCACUGUGCCCACACUGCUACACACUCUGCUGCAUGGGUGCUCACCUAUCUCUUCAGCUGCAUGCUUUAUCCAGCUGUAUGUCUUCCAUUCCCUGGGCAUGACUGAGUGCUAUCUGUUGGGUGUCAUGGCACUGGAUCGCUAUCUUGCCAUUUGCCGCCCACUGCACUACCACGUGCUGAUGAGCAGACGGGUGCAGGUCUGGCUGGCUUUGGCCAGUUGGGUGGCUGGCUUCUCAGCUGCACUUGUGCCAGCCAUUCUCACAGCCACGUUGCCUUUCUGCUUGAAAGUGGUUUCCCAUUACUUUUGUGAUCUGGGGCCUCUAAUGCAGUUGGCAUGUGUGGACACAAGCUGGCAUGCUCGAAUCCAUGGGGCAGUGAUUGGUGUAGCCACUGGUUGCAACUUUGUGCUGAUUUUGGGUCUCUAUGGGGGCAUUUUGAAAGCGGUACUGAUGCUGCCCUCAGCUGCUAGUCGUGCCAAAGCCUUCUCUACCUGUUCAUCACAUAUGACUGUAGUGGCGCUAUUCUAUGGUUCUGCUUUUACGGUAUAUGUGGGUUCACCUGGGAAUCGAGCUGAAGGAACUGAUAAACUUAUUGCCUUAGUAUAUACACUUCUUACUCCUUUCCUAAAUCCCAUUAUCUAUUCUCUUCGUAACAAAGAGGUAAAAGAGGCUGUGAGGAGGGUUAUUAACCGAAUCAGUACUGUUUUGAGGGAAGCCUGA